AUGGCGUCGGAGCCGAGGCGGUUCGUCCAGGGCGUCCCGCUCGGGAAGCCGCCGCCGCACGUGGGCCCGCAGCCGCGCGCGCGGCGGGACAGCGCGAACGGAUGGGCCCGGUCGUCGCGGUGUAAGGGAGGACGCGCGCGGCAGGCGGCGACGAUCGCGCUCGCGCUCGCGUGCGUCCUCGUCGCGCGCCGCGUCGUCGGCGGGUCGUUCGCGGCGGGGGAGGGGAUCGUCGCGUCGUCGUCGAGCGCGGCGACACGCGUCGCGGCGCGCGCGUCCGCGUCCGAGCGACGCGAGGCGCUGCUGAGGAGCCGGGAGGCGCGCGGCGGCGCGGGCGACGGCGCGACGUCCGAUCGCGGCGUCGACGACAACGAAACCGCCGCGUUGCCGCCGCUAAUAAAGCGCGCGUGCGACUGCCCCGAGUGCCCGUCGUCGUCGCCGUCCAUCUCCUCGGAGAAACCCUCCUGCGACGCGCGCGUCAGAGACGUCGAGGCGAGAGCGAACGCGUGGCUCUCCGAGGUCAAGGCGAGGGCGGAGCGAUUGACGACGCUCGCCAAGACGGACGCGUGCGCCGCGUGCGGCGUCCCCUCCCACCUCGCGGCGACGGAGUCGGAGUCCUCGUCCUCCUCAGGCGCGGGCGGCGGGAGCGCGCGCGGCGGCGACGCCGACGCCGACGCGCCGCUGCCGCUGCCGGACCUGCUGGCGACGACGCGCGCGAGCGCGCCGUCGCCGCCGGCGCCGGGCACGCGGCGACAGAAGGAAGUCCUGGGCGUCUGCGUGCCGUACCGCGACAGAAGAGAUCAACUCGAAGUCUUCUCCGCGUACAUGAAGCAACACCUGGACGCGCAGGGCGUCCCGUUUAAGAUUUACGUCGCGGAGCAGAGUAACCAGAGUGCGUUUAACCGCGGGUGGGCGCUGAACGCCGCGUUCAUGAACGCGGAGCGAGACGGCGUGGCGUACGUCGUCAUGCACGACGUGGACAUGUUGCCGCUCAGGUACCUAAACGACGUAGACUCCUUUCGCGCGGCGCCGGUCCAUACCGCUCCCCGCACAGUGAUACUCGGCGUGAAUUACCGAUACGACGACGCGUUGCGACGCGGCGGCGACGUCGCGCACCUCAGCACGGAGGCGUCGCAGUUCGCGCACCGGGGGUACCUUCCGUAUCCGAAGUACUGCUCCGGGGCGUUCAUGUCGACGACGGCGUUUUACCGCGCGAUCAACGGACACAGCGCGAAGUUUUGGGGCUGGGGCGGCGAAGACGACGAGUUUUGCGCGCGCGUGGCCAAGUAUAAGGCGCGUUCAUAUUUACACUGGUCCCCGUACGACCGCGUUCGCGCGGUGAACGCCGUUCCUUAUUAA